AUGUCCUUCUCCAAGAUUUCUGCCCUCGCCGGGUUGGUUGCUUUUGUAUCCAAGGCUAGCGCUCACGGAACCGUCAGUGGAAUUGUGGCGGAUGGAGUUUACUAUGUCGGCUACUCAGCCAAUUACCAAUACAUGCCAACUCAGCCAGUUGUCGUUGGGUGGUCCACCCCUGAAGAUACUGACAACGGGUUCGUUGCUCCAUCUGCGUACGCAGAUCCGGACAUCAUCUGCCACCGGGGCGCCACCAAUGCUCAAACAUCAGCAACCGUGAAGGCUGGCGGAACCAUUGAUUUGCAGUGGACUACCUGGCCCGAGUCGCACCACGGCCCAGUCAUUGACUACCUUGCGGACUGUGGUGGAGACUGCACCACUGUUGACAAGACUGCCCUCAAAUUCUUCAAGAUCGACGAAGUCGGACUCGUUGACGAUACCGUUAUCCCCGGUAAAUGGGCGGCUGAUCAGUUGAUCGCGAACAACAAUACUUGGAGCGUCACCAUUCCAUCCACCAUUGCCCCAGGAAAUUAUGUCCUCCGUCACGAGAUCAUCGCCCUCCACUCUGCCGGGACCGUUGGUGGAGCUCAGAACUACCCUCAAUGCUUCAACUUGGAGGUCACCGGGGCCGGAACUGAUGCACCAACUGGUACUCUCGGUACCGCGCUCUACACCGAGACGGAUCCUGGAAUUGAAGUCAACAUCUAUGCCGCUCUCGAGUACACCAUACCAGGCCCAGCUUUGUACGGUGGAGCCGGUGACGCGUCGCCGGUGAGCCCAGUUGCCUCGUCUGCCGUUGCAAGUAGCCGUCCUCAAGCUACAUCUGAGGCCGCCGACAUUCCAACCUCAGUCUCUUCUCCAACUGCCGCGCCAGCUCUAAACAGCUCUGUUGCAGCCAUCCCUGCCAGCCCCGAGAAGACCAAGUCCGCAUGCAAGUUAAAGUCCAAAAGCAAGUCAAAGUCCGCCUCUAAGGCAAUCGCCCCAGAUGCCUCAGCAGUGGACCAAGCCAGCCCAGCCACAUUCGCGGCGACAUCUACCCCAACCUCUUCUGCCGCUAAGACCACCCGAAUCGAGGCCAACCCAGGACGUUCCAACUCGGGAUCGGGCUCUAGAUCAUCAAGAGACACCGACUCAGAGAUCGUCGCCGCCGCCGCCGACGACUCGCCCUCCCAAUCAAGCUCCAGCAUAUCAGCAGUCACCGAGCCAUCCGGAACGACCCUCGGCAACCUCCAUUCCUGGCUCUCGUCCUUCUACUCGAAGAACGCGGGCACCGCCCACACCGAAGCCACCAUCGCCCGCCGCCACGCCCGCGACGUCGUCGCCGCACGCGCAUUCGACAAGUCCUACCCCCAUGGUGCUGCUCGACCCUCCGGUGGCGCCCAGCACCAGAACCAGAACCAGCACCAGCGCCCCCGCCCAUCGGCCGGCUUCGGCGGUGGCUUCGGUGGCGGCUUCGGUGGCGGCUUCGGUGGUGGCUUCGGCGGCGGCUUCGUCAAGCCGACCGGCGCCUUCCCCCCCAGGCCCACCGGUGGUGCCCACUUCGGCGGCAAGCCCAGAAAGAGCCUCUCCUUCCCAGCUGCUCGACCUCCCUUCCCCACUGGCGGAUAUUAA